GCAACAUGCAGAUAAAAGCCAUGUUAUUUCCUCUUGGAUGCCAGCUAAACUCUUCUACCCAGGAGCUGACCACCAUCGGGAGGCUAACAGGAUGCCCUGUGGGGUCUUGGUGCAGGGUGAAUUCAAACCAUAUUGUUAGCACCUACAACAUAAGCUCUGGGUGUAUGAAAUCACUUGAGACUUCAGACAUCUUUUUACAAUGGUUGGCACCUAAGUGAAUGAAGAGACAUCAUAGCAAGGGAAGAUUCAGAAACAGAGAAGUGCUCCUGCCCUGGAAAAAUCCCUCCACGCCAGCCCCUGUGCAGAGUGGUGUCCCCAUCCUGACCUGGCUCUUCCCACCCUUCCUCCUGGUCCUGAGGUGUCCCUGAUCCCCUGGAGCUGCCACUGGCAAUGUCAACAGGAAACAGAACGUCUACCUCCGACUUUGUUCUCUUGGGGCUUCUGGUGAGUGCGGAGGCCACGGGGAUUGUUUUCACGGUCAUCUUUGCCAUUUUCGUGGUGGCUGUCACUGCAAAUGUGGUCAUGACAGUCUUGAUUCAGGUGGACUCCCGCCUCCACACCCCCAUGUACUUCCUGCUCAGCCAGCUGUCCAUCAUGGACACCCUUUUCAUCUGUACCACUGUCCCAAAGCUCCUGGUGGACAUGGUUUCUACAGAGAGGACCAUUUCCUUUGUGUCCUGUGGCAUCCAGAUCUUCCUGUACUCGACCACGGCUGGUUCAGAGUUCUUCCUGCUGGGCCUCAUGGCCUAUGACCGUUAUGUGGCUAUCUGCAACCCUCUUAGGUACCCAGUUCUCAUGAACCGCAAGAUGUGUCUUCUGCUGGCUGCUGGUGCCUGGUUUGGGGGCUCACUUGAUGGCUUUCUGCUCACGCCCAUCACCAUGAAUGUCCCUUACUGUGGCUCCCACCAAAUCAACCAUUUUUUCUGUGAGAUCCCUGCAGUUCUCAAACUGGCCUGUGCUGACACGUCCUUGUAUGAGACCCUGAUGUACCUCUGCUGCGUCCUCAUGCUGCUCAUCCCCAUCUCUAUCAUCUCCACUUCCUAUGCGCUCAUCUUGCUCACUGUCCACCGCAUGCGCUCUGCUGAGGGCCGCAAAAAGGCCUUCACCACGUGUUCAUCCCACCUGACUGUGGUCAGCAUUUUCUACGGGGCUACCUUCUACACAUAUGUGCUGCCCCUGUCAUUCCACACACCCGAACAGGACAAGGCAGUGUCCGCCUUCUAUACCAUUGUCACACCCAUGCUUAACCCUCUCAUCUACAGUCUCAGAAACAGGGAUGUCCUGGGGGCAUUGGAGAGGGUAUUUGCCCACUGCUCCCCUGCUCAGAAAGUAGCUGCAGAUAAGGCGUAGAGACUCAGUAACACAAGGACAGGUCCUCCAGAGGUUACUCUCCAUGUGCCUGGCUCCCCUAGACUGCUUUGUCAGCCAUCAAAGUCUACUUACAAUUAAUAUAUCAAAGUGCAUAAAUGCAUUCUACUAUCUACUAAUUAAAACAAAUUAAAAAAUUCAUAAAAAAAGAGCACUCACCUGGUCUGGAUUUUGGCCGUGGGGAGGGCUUACACCCUUCCCUUUUGCCUGCACAGGCCUGGCGGGGGUCAGUGGAGGAGGCAAAGCUCAGCACUUCUGCCUGUUUUGCAUCUUUGCUCUGUGUCUCCUUAGAGUCCAGGAGCCACAGGUCAGUGAACAGUGGAGGCCACCCUUGGGCAACAGCAGCUUCCUCAUCUGGGGCAGGGCCCUCCUGGCCAGGGCUGAGGUAACCAUGGACAGACCACACCUGACUAAGACCACCUGCUUUGGCAGCUGUGAAAAGCCUCCAGCUGCAGGGUAGGAUGGCCACACCUGUAACCCCCGUGACUCAGGAGGAGAGGCCGGACGGUCUCAAGCUCAAGUCCAGACUGAGCAACUUAGCCAGACUCUGACUCAAAAGGUCAGAGGUCCUGUGUCCCCUCGUCCUCCCCAUGUGUCUGCACUAAUCAAAGUCCCUUUCAUGCUUGUCACCAUGGCCAUUCCCGUUUGGAUUUUUGGGUGAUUGGGUAACUGAUUUUUGGACCUCCAGGGUCAGGCCUCUGGCCCGGUACUCUGGCACCAGGAUGUUUCACUCAUUGGGUCCUUUUGGCAAGAUAUCAAAAACAACUGAUUCCUCGUACUGUAGGAAUGUAAAGAAGUCAUCUGUUCUUUUCUCUGGGGAAAAACACCCACAGUGGAGUUCACAGCAACCUCCCACCGGGCACAGGGCCUCCUAGCUACUGGAGAUGGACAAAAUGAAAAUUCCUAAACAGUCGCCACAUGUCUGCUGCUUUUCUGUGACUAUGUUUGUGGUAGCAAGGGAAGCCUACCAAUCCACAAAUGACACGGAAGAGAAGUCGCCUCACAGUUUAACCAUGCUUUCCCUGGUGGGAGCCCUGGGAUCACCUUGGAGUGCUGGGUGCAGCCACCACCAAAAUAUGCAGCUCCAAUCCAUGGGUGAGCAGCACUGAUGGGGAAUGGGAGAGCCUGUGAGUACUAGCAGGUGCUCAGAGGCAGCAGAGGCCACAUCUGACGUCACAGCACACACACGCCGCAUCCUGGGAAGGGUCAUAACUGCUGACUGCAUCAGGGCCAGAAGCCUCAACUCUCCCAUCCUGGAUGCCGCCACAGUGCUUGGUCUGGAUGAGUGAGUCCUGGGGGAUGUGGGCAGGUCACUCAUGUGCAGUUGGCCCCUCGUGAUGCCCGCCCUGAGUGACAGGCACAAGUUUCCAUUCUGCAAUUGCUCCAGAAACAUCAAUAAAAGAAAACGAGUCACAUGAGAACUCUGUACUAUUUACUGCCAAAUAGAAAUUUGCAUAAGUAUUUUCUUUCUUAUUUUUAUCAGAUAUAUUCCUAAAAUUAAUACGAGAGAAAUGUACAGAUAUAAAUAUUUUUUCUUAAUCAAACUGCUUCAUCUAAUCUUGUAAAGAAAAAAAGUUUAAAGAAAAAAAAGUUACCCCAGGUGCUACAACAAAGGGAGCUAUUUGCCUGGGAACAUGCAUUUUGCAUUCUUCGGAGGUAAGUGACUCCACACAGUGGCAGACGUGGCAGCAGGCCUUAUGAGCCAACUGAGUAUGUGAUGAGUUGUGUUGACUUGUUCUCGUGUGGUGGGACAUAGCACGCAGACAUGCCAAAACAAACCUACUGCUCAGUGAGCACCACAUUCAUGAAAUGACCCAGGUCAAGAAAUAGUACACGACCAGCCCUCUGGAGCCCGCCGGUCUUCAACCACCACACACUCUUCAUGGCAGAGAAACACAACUCUAAACUUUAUUAACUUUUAUUUUGAACCACUCUCAGAUAUGCAGAAAAGUGGUAGGAUUUGAACAGUAGGUUUCCAAUUUCUGUUAAUAUUGACAUUUUACACAACCAUAAAAUAACCACCAGAGCCAGGAAAUUUACAUUGUACUGGAGGUGAUGCACUAAAUUACAGCAAUAGUUUUAGAACUUGAAGCUGAUGGCAAGAAGCCUGCUGACCUACAAGGGCCCUUCCAGGAAGGCUGAGUCUGCGGGAUCUGCAGGGUCCAGACUGGAGGGAAACGCAGGAAAGUGCUAGUCUCAGGGAGCAUCCUAGGUGAUCCCACUAGGGAAGAGCUACCCUGGAUUCCUGGGACCCAGCGAUUUCUACCUCCUGCCCAAGAGAAAGUUCUGCAGGGUUCAAGAUCCCUGCAUCAGCAGCAGACCUGGGCUAAGCACACCAAUAGUGCCAAGAAGAGCAACACCCCCAAGUCGAGAAGCCCACAGUCUGCACAAGGCCAUGACAGACCCCCUCGAAGACACAAGUAGAAAGAGGUGGCGGAGACGAGUAUUAAUGCCAAGUUCCGCAGUGAAGACCCAGACACACACCCUUAAAGAUGAGAGCAGCCAGGUGCAGUGAGGUAGGCUGGUGAUCACAGUGAACCAGGAGGCUGAGGCAGGAAGGUGCAGGUUCAAAGCCAGCCGAGUCACUGUCUCAAAAUAUAAAACAAUAACAAUAACAAGGAUGGGGGAUGUGGCUCAGUGGUAAACCACAACAGGGUUCAAUCUCCUCUACGGGAAAAAACAGGAGGGGGAGAGCAAAUAGGGCACCAGAAUCUGGCUAAAGACCUAGUGGCUGCUCCUCAUCAGCUGGAGAUGGGUGUGGAUGUCCCAGAGCAAGAAUUCAAACUGGCUGUUUUGAGGAAACAUAGCCAACUCCAAGACAAUAUCAAAAAAUUUCAGACAUCUGUUCAAGAUCCAUUCUUUAUAGGACAUAUCAGGGCACAUACAGGAUUGCCUGGAGCCCUUAGUUUGGGCAAUGAUUUAGCAGAUAAAACUACACAUGACAUACAUAUUUUCUCUACACUAGAAGAAGCUACAAAUUUUCAUAAAAAGUUCCAUGUCAAUGCUAAUACUUUACAAAAGUGUUUUAAAAUAACUAAGGAACAAGCUAGACACAUAAUAAAACAAUGUCAAAAUUGUGUGACAUUUUACCACAAGUUAAUCUUGGAGUCAAUCCUAGAGGACUGAUACCUAACCAUAUUUGGCAGAUGGACAUCACACACUUGCCAGAAUUUGGAAAAUUAAAAUAUUUGCAUGUUACAGUUGAUACUUCUUCUGGAUUUUUGAUGGGCUCCCUUCAUGCCGGAGAAAAAACUAAAGAUAUUAUAGCUCAUUGCUUACAAAAUUUUGCCACUGUGGGCGUUCCAAAACAGUUAAAAACAGAUAAUGCCCCUGGUUAUACUUCUACCUCUUUUAAACAAUUUUGCUCAUCAUUUGGCAUUACUCAUACAACAGAAAUCCCAUACAAUCCACAGGGACAAGGCAUAGUUGAAAGAGCUCAUCAAACUAUUAAAAUGUACUUAUUAAAGCAAAAAGAGGGAAUUGGGAAGGGGUAUAUAUUCCCCAAAGAUAAACUUAAAAUAACCCUUUUUACUCUAAACUUUUUAAAUUUGGAUUCAUCAGGGCUUAGUGCUGCAGAAAGGCAUAUGUGUCCAAAAAAUGUACAUAAGCCCAAGGUACUUUGGAAGGAUAUUCUAACAGGACAAUGGAAAGGUCCUGACCCAGGAAUUGUCUGGAGUUGGGGGUCUGUUUGUGUGUUUCCACAGGGAGAACAGCAGCCGAUUUGGAUUCCAGAGAGAUUAACUAAAUCGAUUUCUACAGACCAAAAAGAAGAUGAUUUGGCUCAAAUCCAUAACAGCUGAUAUCCAGAACUCCAGUUUGGCUAUCCUUACAUCUGUGACAGAACCAGGAUGUCUUUUUCAAUAUCUAUUUUAUUACUGCCAUUUCCCACAUCAUGAAGUUCUAUUUUGUUUUUUGAGCUCAUACAGACCUAGGUUAAUGUUUUGCUGAUCAGUUCUAUUUUUUGACUACAGAGUUUUUAAACAUUGCAAUGGAGAUUUCACCUGUAAAAAGUUAUAAGGCCUUUACUAUUAUGUUAUGUGUUGUAUGUAUUAUAUUAUGUGUGCGCACUUGUGUUUUGUGUUGUAUGUUUGUAUGUACGUAUGUCCAUAUAUCAUAUAUGAUGAGCGCUCAUGAAAAAAUGGAUCCAAAUAUUUUUUUAUUCACGUGAUUUAAAUGGUUUAAUUUAAAUUGGGUAAACAGCUGUUGAGGAUUGUUUUAAUAUGUGAAUAAAAAAGGAGGUUAACAGAUCUAUUUGUUUACUUUCACCUUUCCUUUUCAUUAUAUUUAAUAAUUCUGUUCAAGAUAAUGUAAAUUGUUCAGAAAAUUGUUUUCUUUUAGUGCCUUCUGGAAUGUUACAUAAUUACAAAGAUAAAACCAAUC